AUGCCAUCCUACAAUGGCAAGCGUUCUCUCGAGGACAUUGUAGCCCAAGAGGAUUCGGCAGACGAGGACUACGAUGAUCAGGCUCCUGGACCUUCAAAGUCACGCUCGUCGCGGUCCAGAAAACAGCGUGGAGCUCCUGCGCGCAAGAAGCAGCGACGGGUAUACAGAGGCUCCGACAUCGAAACGGACGAGGAUGACGUGCUGUCUGACGAGGACCAGUCUUUCGAUGAUGAAUCUGAUGAUGAACCGGAGACGAAUGAGAGGGGAAGACCCGUUCGAAAGACCACCAAAAAGACUGUGAAAUACGAGGAGGAAGAUACGGACGAUGAUGAGCUCGUCAAGUCUUCUUCAGAAGAACCACGAACUCCGCAGCCCAAAAAGGGCAAGAAACUCAUUAUCACUCUCAAGACAGGUAACACGCCUGCGAGGUCUACUCGCGGUUUAAGAACUCGAAGCGGCAGCUAUGUCGGGACAACUACGACCCAACCAGCACCCGUGCCGGGAGCUACUAGGAGGAGCAGUCGUCUGUCUUAUAACGAGGAAGAGCCUGUGGUGGCUUUGACAAACUCGGGAAAUCAUGUCGAGGUAAUUCGGGCUGGCUCACGAGACCCUGAGGGCAUACCGCCGAGGGCGAUGAAGGGCGGCAAAGGUCUCAAAAACCCAUCGAAGAGUACCAUCGAUGAGGAGGGAGAAUCUGCUCCCAGAGAAGAGGAAGCCGAGGAAGAGCUUGAGAUCCAGGCAUCACAACAAGAACCAAUAGACAGCGACCCCCCAAAUGCAGAUGAAGCCGAUGAAGGGACAGAAUCUAUGCCGAAGGUUGUUUCGGAUGUUGUUGCGGCUGGGGCCGAAGCCGAAAGCGAUGGCGACUUUGCGGGGGAUGAUACACCCGCAACCCAGGAGGAUGCUCAAAUUGAACCAAUGGAAGCGGACGAAGAAGAUGACGAAGACGUUAUCCCUCAGCGCAGACGGUUAACACGGGGUGCCUCAAAGAUACAAGCAGACUCACCCGAGUAUGAACCAGCCCAAUCGUCGAAGCAAUUGCGCGGACGCCCCUUGAGAAGUAGCACUAAGGCUGGAGCAUCAAGAAGUCGCCGGAGGAAAGCACAGGACGAAAGCAGUGAUUUUAACCCUGACCAGGAGCAGGAAAAUCAGGACGACAUGUCAGACUCUAGCGUAUCCAACGCUUCACCUCGCAAGGAUGAUUAUGAAAGCAGUAAUAACGGUCGACGGUCGACGCGUCUCCGCAGCAAGGCUGUAUCCCGUCAAAGGUCUGAGGCUAGUGACCAGCUAGAGGAGCUUGCUGCAGAGGUUGCAGACUUGAAGCGGGACGGAAAGAAGCAGCGACGUGCCCAAGACGAGAUUGUGUUCGAACCCCGUAAGCGGCGCGCCGGGAAGAAACCAAACUAUGAUCUUCUACGGAACCUUGCUCCAAUCGAAGAUGAAGAGGAAGCCGCGCCCUCCCCAUCCCAGCGACCUCGAAAACCUGGUGGCGGCAGCUGGCAGCGGAGCCUGUUCGAUAUCUAUGGCCCCUUCGGAGGAGGAACAGGUCUGCCGCCAGUGCUUGGGGGUGGAUCCCAGGGACCGAGAGCUCAGGGGGGCGUGGACUCCGACAGCAGCGACGACGAAGUCAUGAAGCAGCCUAGAGCCGUGGGCGGUGCGGUAGGAAUGACUCCCACCGCUGCUGGCGCCUUCAAUCUCUUUGCUCAAAAUCUUAACCCCGAUGCCGCGCAGGCUACUGCUGGAACUCCGGCUAAUCUGGGCAAGAUGAAGGAUAAGCAAACCCUUGCUGAUGCGGACCCACUUGGGGUCGACCAAAACGUGAACUUUGACAGCGUCGGUGGCUUGCGAGGGCACAUUGACCAGCUCAAAGAAAUGGUUGCCUUGCCUCUGCUGUAUCCGGAAAUCUUCCUGCGCUUCAAAAUCACUCCUCCCCGCGGUGUUCUAUUCCAUGGCCCACCAGGCACCGGGAAGACUCUUCUGGCGAGAGCUUUGGCGACGAGUGUGAGCUCGCAAGGUCGAAAAGUCACGUUCUAUAUGCGCAAAGGUGCAGAUGCUCUGAGCAAAUGGGUUGGCGAAGCCGAAAGACAACUGCGUUUGCUUUUCGAAGAAGCUCGCAAGAACCAACCCAGCAUAAUCUUCUUCGACGAGAUCGAUGGUCUCGCCCCCGUCCGGUCCAGCAAGCAGGAACAAAUCCAUGCUUCAAUCGUGUCUACUUUACUAGCUCUGAUGGACGGCAUGGACGGGCGUGGCCAGGUGAUCGUCAUUGGCGCCACGAAUCGGCCGGAUUCAAUUGACCCGGCCUUAAGGAGACCAGGCCGGUUCGAUCGAGAGUUCUACUUCCCGUUACCAGACACCCAAGCACGACGAGCAAUAAUUGACAUCCAUACCAGGGGUUGGGACCCGCCUCUGCCUGACGCAACCAAGGAUGAGCUGGCGGAGUUGACAAAGGGCUAUGGAGGAGCAGACCUACGGGCGUUGUGCACGGAAGCAGCAUUGAACGCAGUACAGCGACACUAUCCUCAGAUCUACAACUCGACCGAGAAGCUCCUGAUUGAUCCCAAGCAGAUCCAAGUCAUGCCAAAAGAUUUCAUGAUCUCCAUCAAGAAGAUGACACCUUCAUCAGAGCGAUCCACCUCGUCAGGUGCAGCUCCACUGCCGCCUAGUGUCGCGCCUCUGCUGCGGGGGCAGCUCAGUCAGAUAGAGCAAAUAGUGGCCGAAAUCCUACCGCAGAAGAAGAGGCUAACCGCGUUGGAAGAAGCUCAAUACGAGGACGUUGCCGACGGUCACAGUUUUGGGAGAGAACGGAUGCAUCAGGCUUUCGAGUCCGCUAGAGUCUUCCGCCCCCGGUUAUUGAUACACGGGAAGGUUGGGAUGGGUCAGCAAUACCUUGCCGCUGCAUUACUCAGCCACUUUGAGGGUCUCCAUGUGCAGGCAUUUGAUCUGCCCACCUUGUUGAGCGACACUACCGCUUCGCCCGAAUCGACUGUCAUCAGACUCUUUGCUGAAAUCAAAAUGCACAAGCCCAGCGUCAUCUACAUUCCCAACGUGCAUGAGUGGUACAGUACGGUGGGUCAAACAGUGAUUUCGACUUUCCUGGGGCUCCUGAGGUCGGUCAAGCCUACAGACCCAGUCCUCUUACUCGGAUUUGUUGAAGGCGACCUCGGUGACGUUGAGGAAGAGGUGAAGCGGGAAUUAUUCGGAUUUUCCAAGAAAAACCUGUUUCGGCUGAGAGAACCGGCCCGGGCAGAGCGAUCCGAGUUCUUUCGCAGCCUCAGGGACUAUGUUAAGACGGCCCCUAACGACUUUCCCGAUCCUGAGAAGCGAAAGAAGCGGCAACUCGAGCGACUCGAAGUGGCUCCUCCGGAGCCAGAAAAGCCAGCACCUCCUCCUACGAAAGAGGAGCUCAAGGCACAGAAGAAGCGGGAUCGUCAAACACUAAAUAUGCUGAAGAUCAGAUUGCAACCCAUCAUGGAUCAGAUCCGAACGAAACACAAGAAGUUCCGGACUGGAGUCAUCGACGAGAGUCAAAUCCGUUAUCUAUACGACGAGGCCGAUCCAGGCACGGUCACUUCCGAUCUCCAUACAGAAUUUUUGGCAAGAGCCUCAUUCAGGCCGUUCGAAAUCGGCACGGACGCUCAUGGCGUCCCCGGACUCGUUGACCAAGCCAACGGCAAUUUCUACUACAACCUCGACACGGUGACGAUUGAGAAACGUCUAAGCAACGGGUAUUACAAACGGCCGAAGGAUUUCCUAGCAGACAUCAAGCGGUUGGCCAAAGAUGCAAAGACGGUGGGCGACGAAGACCGGCUGCUGAAAGCUAACGAGCUCCUGGCUAAUGUUGAGGUGGAUAUUGGAGGUAUUGAACUUGCGGAAACUGCUCUCGUCGCAGAAUGCGAACACGUGUAUGAACGCGAGUUGGCUCGAGAGAAGGAGGCGUUGGACAAGGCACGACACGCGCAUCAGCAAGGCCAAGACAUGCCUCCGCCUCAAAUUGUGUCGAAUGUACCGCACGGAAACAACUCGGGCCCUUCGACGACGACCAAUUCCACAGGACCGAUUCUUUUGGGCGAGCCUGUACAGCGACGAAACGAUAUUAUGCAACGGUUAGCUGCUGCCGAAGCAAGUCCAUCCACGUCGCUGCUUACGAACGGCGUCAAUCCUAGCCAGAACGAAGCAGAGGCGCAUGAGGGGGCACAGGGUUCACAUUCUAAUCAUGAUGACCAUGAAGCCGACGCCGAGGGAGAUACCCCGAUGGGCGGCAUUGAAUCCCAUGUAAAUUCCCACGAAAAGAGCAACGAAACCCAGAAAACACCAACGACAAGUUCUUUCGGCAAUCGUGAAUCUGCACAGCCACGGCCUUUCCACUCGUACACUGCCCCGUCUCAGCAGCUACUGAAAGAGUCAGGGAUGUCCGCGCCUCGUUCACAAACAGGACCCUUCACGCCCAUGCCGGCGGGAAGUCAAGCGGCGGAAUUCCAGAACGAUGCGAGCACCACUCAGUCGACCAGCCAAAAGAAGGUCUCAUCGAACGAGACGGAACAUGGACAAGAUCCAGACUCAGGCCCGGACCUUUUUGAGUUCCAGGAGCGGCGUUCAGCAGGAGGCAGUCAGAUCCCAUCCACCCAAGGUACGCGUAACCCCAACUCAGGACUUGUUGGUCUGCAACCCCAUUUGUUGUCCGCAUUGAAACAACCCGAGCUCAUGGAUUCAUUAUCUGUCGCAGGCAAUGCUGAACGAUUGUCUCAAGACACGGCGGGCGCGGCGUCCCAGCCUAUUACUGAGGCCAUGCGACUCCUGCCGUCCUCGAAAGGGCACGGAGCCGGUAGACUCUCACAACCACUGCCUCCGGUCCCCGUGUUCUCUGAUCCUCCUGGGCCUACGACUGCGCCUAAUUCCCAACGUACCAACGGACAUGGACAUGGACAUAGUGACAUCCAAGACCUACUUAACCCUUCGGAUGAAGAUCUGCCUCCAGCCCCAACCUCUCCUCGCCUCAACCUCAUCCAAGUGGAGGAGCACGGCUUGGACCAGUUCCACGCUGAGAUCACUGAUAAGACCAGCGGUCUGUCGGUCGAGCAGCUAGAGCAGGUCAAUUCGGUCUUGAUGGAUACGCUGUGGAGGACGCGUGGGGAGUGGGACCGCCGCAAGGUCCUGGAGCAGAUCAGCGUGGCGUUCAACGAAGUCAUGGAAGACAUGGCGGAGAGUGGGCAGGAGUUUGCACCCGUGAGCUGGGGCCUUUCUCAGUUUCAGGGGUAG